UUAACAUUCUCUCUACAUUGCACAUGACACUGUUGUUUGACCAGAGCCAAAGGCAACAACAUGAGCUUCAUAUUCCCUUAAUUCGUUGAGAGUUUUAACUGCUAGUUUCAUGAAGGUCUCUUUUGGGAAAGAAAUGCUCGUUCGAUCGGUAUUUACGGUGAUAAUAAUCAAGUAGGAAGAGGAUAAUUUCACCGACUAGUAAACAUCGACCGAGCGAUGCUAAUUAUAGUAUGGAUUUAAUACCCGUUACAAAAUUAAUAUUUAAUAUCUGUAACAAAAUGUCAAUGCAUGCCAAAAGUUAGUGAGGACAACGUCUUGUUUAAGAUUUAUUUUCCUUUCCAUAAUGAGUAUUUAGUAUUCUGGCUAGCUAAAGGAUUGUAUUGAAGCAUCUGCCAAAUCAGACACGAUGAAUGAUUGAAGCCAGAUAUUGUUGAUGCAACACAUGCUGAAUAAUUAUAGCCAUAUUGUGUUUCCAGUAUCAAUAAGGGUUUGAAGGAAUUAAUAAGUAGACGAAGAAAAAGUAAGCAACUAUGACCAGAAUUGUUCAUGUUAUUAAAAUAACCAGUUUUAAUAUCUAUACCUGUAUGUAUCACUCUUUCCUUCUCCAGCCACAUUUCCUUUUAAGAACAGUGCUAGUCUGUACUUCACGAUAAACAGUACACCGGGACUCUCGACGCAGUUUGGUCUGUUGGUGCGGGGGGUCGACCGUGCUAGGAAUAUACCACAUUUCCACAUCAUCGCAGGACAGUCACACUAUAAGAUACCGUGUGGCAGACAGGUUAUUGUGGUAUUUGUUCCGUGUGGGUGAAUUGAUGUUCCGUUUUUCGAGAUAUGUUUGAAUUGUUUAGAGUAUAUUUUUUUCUUUAUAUCUUUCAUUAUUGAGGAGUAUUCGCAGUGAACAUGAAGGAAAUGUGAAGUUCUGUCCCAAAGGUUUUGUUAAAUUUGCGAUGUUUGGACUAAUUUUUUUUCUGUGUUCCUGAUGUUGGACUUAAAAAAAAUGGUUCUCGAAAAUGAUAAAUGUUUGCAUUACGUUUUAAAAGACAAUCACAGGUAAUUUUCGACGCCAAUGUGAGGUACCAAACGCUUUCUAAAAGUUCUCUGCUAAGGAUGAAUAAUGACUAGCAAUACUCUUCUUAAUUCGAGUACAGUGUGGACAAGAAAAAGUGCUUCUGAGUGUGAAAUAUGAACACGCUUUGUGAGAUCUCAAGAUGAACUGUCCCCUCGUCCCUGCCCUUUACAUGACACUCAGCCUCCUAACAAUGAUUGAGUGUGUGCUGACGAUAUUUAUAUACAGUAUGGAGAGACGUCUGAGGAAAAGGACAACGAGCCCUUUCGUAUACAGUCUAGCAGUUAGCAUCGCUUUGCUAUCAGCCAUUUCUUUCAUUUUCAACGUCAAGCUUCUCUUUUAUUCGUGUCGGAACAAACGAACCAUAGAAUGGUGCGUCGUUUUAUCUAUUUUUCUGAGGUACCUGCACGUCGUCUCUUGCUUCUGCGUGACCUGCCUAGCGCUGUACCGAUACCUGUACCUGUGCUGGCCUCUCCACUACCCGAUGCUCGUCACCAAGCGCCGCUGUUGCUACGUCACCUUAGCCUGCUGGACGCUACCCAUCGCCCUGGUCGCCGUUCCGUCUGCGAUCGACGGUCAGGCUCCGUGCGCUGACAUGCGGGUGACAGUCUCCUUCUAUGCCACCUACAUCGCUCUGUACAUCUCAGGAGCCCUCGCCACCUUUGUCGCAUACCUCCUGGUGGCGCUGGAGUUCAGGAGGAAGCGCCACGCCUUGGCUCUCAGCAGCGACGUGGCGAGGAGCGACCGCCUCGUAAAAGGGAGAACCGAGAGGUCCGCGCUCUCGGUCCUCGCCCUCUACGCCGUCCUGUCUCUGCCUCACAUUAUAAUGUUGUUGGUGACGCGGAUGAGCAACGGCCGGGCAUCCGCAGUGAACCUGGACUGCGCCUCCUUACUAAACAGGCUCCACUUACUGCUGUUCCUCCCCUUCUAUGCCUGGGCGAACAAACUCUUCCGCACCGCACUCAUCACUCGCGCCAGAAAGAUGUGCUGUAGAAAGUAUAAUGCCGAUAGCCUCCGUCUUCGAAAGGAAGUAGCACGAAUCACUACUACUGCACUGCAUAAGCGCAAGAGAAAGACCGUGCACUGCUCCAUUUCUCCUGGCCGGGAGCACUCUUCCACGCCGCUGCCACCACAAGAAAAACUGGGAAUUGUACGUGUAAUGUUUGAUCAUUAUAACUCAAAUACGACAAAAUUAGCCCCGAGUACAGGUUGAUAAUUGUAAAUGUUAUCACUGACAGGCCUUCUCAUUUUUACUCUAAGACACAACUCGGACGCAAGAGAUCGUGUACAUGCUGACUCACGGGUGCCAGAAGUCCAGGCCUGAGGAUGGCACUCGGGAGACGCGAUUCCCAUUCCAGGAAUUCCCGUUCCUGGCCGUGAGGGCGGUGGCAGCUAUGGAAGGACGCACCUACCUCGCCAUCUCCUGUCGAAGGCCUUCGCCUCGUUGGUUGGUCGAUAAGGCUCUGUUAUACUGAGGA